AUGAUUACCAUAUGCAUUCAGCCUUGCAUUCUUCAACUUAAGGUGAUUGUUUUCCCAGAUGGACAACGGAAGAUGGCAGGACUUAUACAAACACAUUGCAAACACACGAACCUAGAGCUGAUUGGCAAGUGGAAAAACUUGGAGGUGGUGGUGGUUAUGAAGGUGGAGUUGAUGGUUGUGUGUAGUGGUGGUGGGUGGGGGUGGGGACGACGGUUGUGGAGAUGGUGGGGGUGGCAACAGUGGGUAGCAUGGUGGUGGUGGUGGUGUUGGUUGUGGAGAUGGUGGGGGAGUGGAGGCUUUGGAGGAGGAGGUGGUUGUGGUGGUAGUGGUGUGUGGCAGCAUGAUGGUGGGUGGUGGCGUUGGUUUAGAGAUGGUGGAUGUGGAGGUUUUGGAGGAGGUGGUGGUUGUGGUGGUGGUGGUGGGGGUGGGGGUGGUGUGUGGGGAGGUGGAGGUAGAGGAGGGUGGUUGUGGAGGUGGUGGAUGGUGUGGAGGUUUGGUGAGGUGGUGGAGGUGGUGGUGGCAGGUGGUGGAGGCAGUGAUGUGGUGGUGCAAGUGGUGGAUGUGGAGUGGGUGUUCAUUGUUUAA